UUUCUUUGUUCUGAAAAUAGAAAGGAAAUAAUGUCGGGUUUCUCAGAAGCGGCUAUGUCAAAACGAUUAGAAUCCUUAAGCGCAACCUUACAAUCGAUUCAAACCGUUUCACUUUGGUUACUUCAUCAUCAGAAGCGCCAUUCCGAAAUCAUCGUACAGUUAUGGCUUAAGGAAAUAAAAAAAGAAAUACGUCCAAAUCGCCUCGUUAAUUUGCUUUAUCUCGCGAACGAUGUUAUACAAAAUAGUCGAAAGCAGUGUCCCGAAUUCAUGGAUCUUUUUUAUACGGUCCUCGAACCCGCUUUCAAGCAUUUAAGUAUGCAUGCAGAUAGCCAAGCUGUAUCAGCCGUGAAAAAGAUUAUUCGAGUAUUUCGUGAACGUCAAAUCUAUUCAUCUGCUAAAGUAGAUCGAUUAGUAUCAGCAAUAACUUCAUCAUUAACUGGUGCUCUUUUGGUCGAAUUUAAUACAGAUUUGUCUGCUGGUCCUGAUGUGUCAAACAGAGUAAGAAUGACACCUUCGACACCUCCUAUGAUCAGUAAACAGUCGAUAUUAAAUUCACCUCAGACUUCAUUAGCAUCGGACGAUGGCUCACCGGAAUCUAAAAAAAGUAAAAUAAGCAUUGAAAAACUUGAUCUUAAUCAAAUGAGUCAAACAACACGCGAUUUAGUAAAUAUUUUGAAAAAGUUGGAAGAUCCUCCAUCAGCUGAUGCAGCUACUAGGCAACGGAUUGCAACAUUUCCCGAAUCAAUCGCAAAUCUUUCUGUGUUAAAGCAAAUCAAAAAUGAAAAACAGGCACGGGAAAUGUUGGCGAAAAUUGAUGAAGCUUCUCCUGUAGUCAAAAAAUAUUGCGAAAGAUUAACAGAGGAAGUGGAAGAUAGGCGAAAUGUUCAACGCCUUUUAUCUGAGUUUUACGAAUAUCUCAAAGCAAGUAAUGCUCGUAAUAAUGAAAUGUUAACUGCGGUGAGCGAAAAGAUUGAAAAAUUGAAUCAAGAAAAAGCAGCAGUUGAUCAACAUUUACAAUCUCUUCCCGAUUUAACUCAGUUACCGGUAGAUGCAUUCAAUCCAUUGCCUACCCUUGGUGAAUUGUUUAAAGCCCAGUUUGUAAUAGCCAUUUGUUGUAUGGUUCAUUCCAAUAUGUCGCAGAAGAUGGGGAUAUUGGACAAAAUACAAGAAAUAGAGCACGAGAUUAGCAGGACGCAAAAAAAUAAAGCUACUGAAUAUCAUCUGGGUCUAUUAAAAGCAAAACUGGCAAAAUAUCGUCAGCAAUUGCUGGAACCAACUACAAAAGGUGGCAGUACAAAAGGCGAUGGUUUUGAUGUGAUGAAAAGUGGUGAUGCCAGAGUAGCAUUGGUUGGUUUUCCGUCGGUGGGGAAAUCGACACUUUUAUCAACAUUAACAAAAACACACAGUGAAACAGCUGCAUAUGAGUUUACAACAUUAACUUGUAUCCCAGGUGUAAUCGAAUAUGAAGGGGCCAACAUUCAACUUUUAGAUUUACCUGGAAUAAUUGAGGGAGCAGCUCAUGGCAAAGGACGUGGAAGACAGGUGAUUGCUGUGGCGAAAACGGCUGACCUUAUUGUUAUGAUGUUGGAUGCAGUAAAAGGCGACGUUCAGAGAAAAUUGCUGGAAACCGAACUUGAAUCGGUCGGCAUUCGCUUAAAUAAAAAGAAACCACAUAUAUAUUUGAAACAGAAAGCUGCUGGCGGCGUCAAAUUCACCCAUACUGUACCUCUUACUCAUUGUAAUGAAAAACUCGUUAUGACCAUUCUUCAUGAAUAUAAAAUACAUAAUGCAGAAGUCGUCUUCCGAAAUGAUUAUACAGUCGAUGAAUUUAUUGAUGUGAUACAAGGCAAUCGAGUCUACGUGCCGUGUUUAUAUGUUUACAAUAAGAUCGAUCAGAUUAGUCUCGAGGAAGUUGAUAGAUUAGCGCGUGCAAAUCAUUCUGUUGUUAUUAGCUGUGAAAUGCGAUUAAAUUUGGACUAUUUAAUUGAAAUGAUUUGGGAAUAUUUGGCGUUAAUUCGGAUCUAUACAAAGAAACCUGGGAAUGCACCUGAUCUCGGCAUUACUGAUGGGAUAAUUCUUCGUCGUGGUGCCACCAUAGAACACGCAUGUCAUGCACUGCAUCGAUCCAUAGCAUCACAAUUUCGCUAUGCAAUCGUUUGGGGUACAAGUACGAAAUUUUCACCUCAGCGAGUUGGUUUACAUCAUAAAUCUCAAAUUUCCUUCUUCUUCAUCCUCAGUUUGUUACGCAUGAAACUGAUUGUAAUACUGGGCGCAUUCGUCACAUCGGCUUUAUGUAUAUGGGCGAUGGGCAUUAGUCCGGUCCAUAAACCGAAUGCGAUAACACAUGGUAAUAUUGUGAUUGCUGCUGUGGUAUCCACUUCUCUCUUGCCCGAUAAAGAUUUGGAAUGUACCGAAGAAGGCUUUGAUUUAAACCCUAAUGGACCGUUGGUUCCUUGUGAUUUCCUAGAUGAAAGGUGGGUGGAGUGUGAUGAACCCGUUGAAGUUUCUCAGUCUCAAAAUGCUAAUGAUACAAAAGAUAGUGGAAAAUGUAUGAAAUUUGGUGGCUUACGUUAUGAAGAAGUUGAGCGAACUAAUGUAACGUGCCGCGUGUUACCUUGUAUCGAAUGUCGUGGAAAAAGGAUUUUUAUGAGGGAAGUGCCGUGUAUAAAAUACACAGGUCAUUAUUUCCUUUCGACACUGAUGUAUUCUAUGUUUCUUGGAAUAUUGGCUGUUGAUAGGUUCUGCCUUGGAUAUUCAGCGAUUGCCGUAGGGAAAUUGAUGACUUUAGGUGGAUUUGGUUUAUGGUGGAUUGUUGACAUCUUUCUUCUGGUUACCGGUAAUCUUAUGCCCGCAGAUGGGUCUAAUUGGAUGCCAUAUUAUUGA